AUGCUCUCAACUGUAAACACCGUGCUCUCUGCUCCGGUACCGGUAGUCCAUCCUGACCGGCCACCGGAUCCAGGCCCAACUCUCACCGAUAACUCUCCUGAUCCGGCAGGGUUCCCUCCGGCCACAGGAACGGACAUGCUCAUUGACCCUUCGGCGACCACGUCUCCGACGAUAACUUCCUCAGCUGUUCCUGCGGCGGCGACACCGACCUCUACAGACCCCCAACCUAAAUUCUCGUAUGCUUCGGCGGUGGCAGGCUGGAGGAUGUCGGAGGCUGAUCAAGUUUCAAUGAAACAAUGGACCCCUGUGGGGGAAAAUGAUCUCAUCCCCGGCAAACGGAAUGGUGAACCAGCGCUCAAUAUCUCCAGUGAGUUUAAGAACAGGAUUUGUGCCCCCUGGCAAAGAACGAUCGUGGUGCGACUGCUUGGCACAAAGAUUGGCUUCAAUGCCCUUUGCUCUCGCCUUCGCAGCCUCUAG